AUGGAGAUACACAAUGUAUCAGCCCCCUUCAAUUUCUCGCUGCCACCUGGCUUUGGCCACCGCCCCACAGACAAGGCGCUGAGCAUCAUCUUGGUGUUAAUGCUGCUAUUUGUCAUGUUCUCACUGGGCUGCACCAUGGAGUUCAGCAAGAUCAAGGCUCACCUGUGGAAGCCCAAAGGGGUGAUCAUCGCCAUGUUGUCCCAGUAUGGCAUCAUGCCCCUCACUGCCUUUGUCCUGGGCAAGGUCUUCCGUCUGAAUACAGUUGAGGCACUGGCCAUCCUCAUCUGUGGCUGCUCUCCUGGAGGGAACCUGUCUAACCUCUUCACCUUGGCCAUGAAGGGGGACAUGAACCUCAGCAUUGUGAUGACCACCUGCUCCACCUUCACAGCCUUGGGCAUGAUGCCUCUCCUCUUGUACAUCUACACCAGAGGGACCUAUGAUGGAGAUCUUAAGGACAAGGUGCCCUAUGGGGGCAUUAUGAUAUCACUGGUCAUUGUUCUAAUUCCUUGCAGCAUAGGAAUCUUCCUCAAGACCAAAAGGCCACAAUAUGUCCCCUACAUCAUCAAGGGGGGAAUGAUCACCACUUUCCUCCUCAGCGUGGCUGUCACAGUGCUCUCUGUCAUCAAUGUGGGCAACAGCAUAAUGUUCGCCAUGACACCACCAUUACUGGCCUCCUCCUCCCUGAUGCCUCUCAGUGGCUUCCUGCUGGGCUACGUUCUCUCUGCUGUCUUCCAGCUCAAUCCAAGGUGCAGGCGCACUAUCAGCAUGGAAACAGGAUUCCAAAACGUUCAACUCUGUUCUACCAUCCUCAACUUGACCUUUCCCCCUGAAGUCAUUGGACCACUUUUCUUCUUCCCUCUUCUCUACAUGAUUUUCCAACUUGCAGAAGGAAUUCUCUUCAUUGUUAUCUUCCGGUGCUAUGAGAUAAUCAAGCCUCCCAAGGAAAAAACGCAAGUCAUCUACAAGGCUGCUGCAACUGAAGAUGCUAGUCCAGCUCUGGAAAAAGGCACCCACAAUGGGAAUGUUCCUUCUACACAACCUAGCCCUUCCCCCAAUGGACUGGAUUCUGGUCUGGUGAAAAACUAG